GCAAAUAACACAGAAGAUGAUGUUAGUUCUUGGCCUCUUGUUUGUCCCAACGGACAGUGCAAAGAGAAAGUCACUGGAAAAACGAAUCACUCCCCCCCUCCUUUUUCUUUGUUUUUUCUUUUCUUCAUAUUAAUGUGCAUAUAUAUACAUAUAUAUACAUAAAUUAUGUAUAUGCGUAUAUGUAUGUAUAUAUUUAUGCUCGAAACGUCGUUAUUUAUUUGAUCACAAUCUUUUUCCUGGUACAAUUUACUUACACGAAUCGCUAUUUUAGCUAGCAUUAUAUUGUAACGCACGCAAUCUAGUAUUUUUAAGAAACAGCUACCCGAUCAUUGGAACCUAUAAGGAAUUUCUGCUAAUCCAGGUUUGAUGCAUUAGGAUGGCUCAGUGCAUAGAGGCGCCUACUACAGACGUAAGGGUCUGUGGUUCGAGUCCCUGGCAUGACCAAACUUUCACCCAGAGUGGGAAGAGUCGCCAGCUCUCUGUAAUUCCAGACGUAGGAAUCAUGAGGUGUGGUUACAUCGAGAGGAAGGACCAGGACACUCUGCUCGAUAAGCAUAGCUUUACAGUGUCCUAAAAACUACCUUAAAAUGCUAGGUAGCAACAAAUACAAAUGCAUUAGGAUAUUUUUCUCAGUACGAUGCAACAUAUGGUUAAACCAAGCAUAAAUACAAAACCGUCAAAUAGAGACUGGUUGACAGCAACGUACCCUGGGUACCAGACUCACUACAUAUGAGUCUGGUACCCAGGGUAACAGCAACGAGGCAAAGAACGUGACAAACACGUUGAAUCACGCAAAACAACACAAGUAAAACAAUUUCAACUGCUCAAAAAAGGGCACUAAGUACUGGGGUAUCAUAGGCCAUUUUAUAGUCAAUCUAAGGGACUGACGCGGAAUUUUUCCACAAGGUUGAUUUUUAGAGAUUAUCUGUUUCUGAACCACCCCCCCCCCUUCCCACCCCCAUUCUCCGUAGUGAGCUGUCAUGAAAUCUUACCGCUACCAGGGCAGAAGCAAAUCAUUCAAAGCAGGCACCAAUAAAUUUCAAACACCAUGAAAAAUUUAUAAAUAACUACCAAACUCCAUAAAAAAUUUGCAAAAGUAUUUUAUACCCGGACUUUUAAAACUUCUCAUAGAAUAUGAAUGAUUUUGCUAACAGUUUGCGAUUCGGAUUUAGUUUUUGUCAAUAAUUUUGCUAACAACUUUACAAAAUAUUUAAUUCGGUUUCAUACCCAAACUUUUUUUACCCAAAAACAUGUCUAUCCCUCCCACGUCUAUCCUUGUCUUAUGUUAGGGCAGGCAUUUGAAAGAAAAGUUUGUUGCCUCUUUUACGGGCUGACCCAAGGGUAUCCCUGUGCUAACAUAUUCUGUCACUUCGAGGCUUAAACGAUUUCUCCAAUAAUUUUCUGAAUAAGAAUCAUGAAAGCGCAUUGUGACCGAAAUUUAUUUUGGUCCUUUGUUAGCCAUGUUACCCUCACUGGGGCUCGCCACAAGUUUGGUUAAAUUCCUUGCUCCCUUGCAACCCCUUGCUCCCGUGCCACCCUUCGCUUCCAUGCCACCCACCCCUUGCAACCGUGUCACUUCUUGCUCCUGCACCAUCCCUUUUAUGUAGCGAUGGUUUUAAUCUCAAUUUUUCCCAGAGGUGAUAUAUUUGUUAUGGAAAUUCCAUUACGGCUAGUUUUUUCAAUCGAAUACACUGACACUGUUUAUGGUUCAGACGAUGUCGAUAAGGGUCACUCGUUUGGCGAUGUUGAAAUCAAUAGCCAAGCUCGCAGACUUACAAAUCUGGCCUGUAGCAAAUCAUCUUUGUAUGAAAGUAGUUUUGUUUUUACACCCCCUACACCUCUGUGUAACAACCUUGGAGAGGAUUUGACAGGAAAAUUGUCUUGGACGAGCAGGUAUUGGGGUGUCCUGCAAAGGGGGGACUCAAGCAAGCCUGGGGCCAAAACUCCCAGCUUGUAGGGGACGUGGGAAAAUGGAGAGAAAUGUGCAGGGUUUUCGAAAGGGACUUUCCGCUGUGGAAAUUUCUUGCCGGUGCUUACGUUUACCGCGUUAUCUUCUCACCCUUCUCGCGUAUCAUUUAAGUUCAGGGCCACCCCUUAUACUUCAAAUCAAAUUAGAGGCGCUAUCAUGAAGAAAAAGUAUGGCUUUUGGCUAUAAGCAAUGCACCCUGUUCAAAAUUGCCGGGGCCAUACCCCUUGUCCCUCAAAUGGCGUGGCCCUUGAGUUAUUAGGCCAUCAAACAUUAUCCCCGUCGUCAUAUCAAUUUGUUUAGCUCCUUAACCACCAAGUUGUCCAAUAUGAACGGUUUCAGCAGAGCUACGAAGCAUUUUUCACAUCAUUAAAGCCUAUAAAGUGUGCGCCAGUGAGGCGAAAGAUUAUAGCAAUCUUUAAAAAUUCUUCCUUGAUUUCAUAGCAAGAAGCCAAACUGCUUCCUAUGUCGUGAAUAUGCUAAGAAAUAGAUUUUUCACAACAAUGCUUGCCAAAAGUCUUGUACACCAACGCCAGUUUUUAAAGGCAAAUUCAGCCAUUCCCUUUCCCCCCUGUGAACAAUGUUGCUUUACUACAAAGCGACCUUUGUUUUUCUGAAUGAUCCACAUUUUUUAGGGGGGAAGUUGUGCGGAAAUAGGAGUAUCCGGGAAAAGAAUUGAAAAAUAUAAAAACACAACGCAAAUUGCUGGGUGUUCCAAGUACUUUUUGCAAUCGUUUUAGUUAACAGCAAAAGCCACCCGACAUAUCAUAGUUCAAAAGAUAUUAUGGCUUUAGUAAGAAAAGACCGAUUACCGUUUUGUAUUACAUUGUUUUGAAUGCUCACCAAUGGGAAAAUGUAAUUUAGUCCCAGGACCCUGGGAAUACAGCGCUGAACAAUGCAAUUCUUAAGUCUUUUAUUAUUCGCAAACUUAUUUUAAGAAAUAGCCAAACAGAUGUUUGCUGUUUGUGCGUCUGGCCUCGACUUGUUAGUAAUAUUAACGUGCUGGACAUUUAACAAGGCCUUAACCGCAUAUUUCAUUAGUAUUAGGUUGAAUAAUUGAUAAAAGUUUGGAUACCUGGGCGUAGGUUUUAUUCUUGCGUUUAAUUAUGGUUGGCGACGAAUUCAGUAGUGAGUUAAUGGAGGCUGGAUUGGAAAACCUUCCGUUUGUUUCUGGGAACCAGACCAUUCGCUAUUUAUGGCAGCAACUAUCCGUGUACAACUCAGAUUUGGUCCAACCCUUUGAAGAUUUUCUAAAAGGUGUUGUAGCAGAGUUCCAGCGUGCCUAUAUGAAAUGCCAGGAAUUGGAUACGUUAUUAAACAGCAAAGGUGAACAACAUGAACGGGAGCUGGCUCGUGUUUAUGAAGAAAUGGAUCAACUGCUUCUGCGUGAGAAAGAACAGCUGCAAGAUAAGCACGGCGAAAGAGAAGAGCAUCUUCGCGCUGAAUUCAAUCGCAUUCUAGAAGCAAAAGAAAACGAUUUGACGGACGCCCUGAAAAUCAAAGCAGAGGCUGAAGCAAAAAUAGAAAGGUCUUUAGAAGAAUUUCAUCAACUGAAGGCAUGGAAGGAGAGGCUCGAGAAACAACUGAAUGCUGCAACAACCUCAGAAGCGCAACUAAGGAACGAAAAUGAUUGUCUAUCGCAGGAAAACCGCUUGCUGAACGAGAAGUUAUCACAGGUUGUCCAAAACUUUAGCGACAUGCAAGAGCAGCUGAUGAAACUAUCAAAGGUUGCAGAUGCCAAUAGAGAGGAUUACAAGCGAUGUUUCAGAAAGUACCAAGAUGCUUUGGAAGAGAGAGAGUAUUUUGACAUGAACAUAAACAAUCUUACUCAAGAGCUUCAGGAUCUAAGAAACGCAAACAAGACAUUGCAAGAACGCGUCGAUAUCAACUUAAACACCAGCAUUCUAUGGCGAGAAGGUCAAGUAUCACCGCGAUCCCCAAACAGUCCCGAUCUGCAGCGUAAACGCGGGUCCCGAGUAUUCGGUUUUCCAAAUGGGAUUAUGCCUAUUUCGAACAGCCAGAGGAAUUCACUUGUAUCUGAACCAUCAUUUGAUGAAAGCAUUCCUGAUGUUACCGUAUCACACAAUCCGCCCCUUCCAGUCCCAGAUUUGAUCCCAUCCAUCCCAAAAAUACCCACUAGUCCACCAAAGACCACAAGUACCCCUGUAAAGACUCCUAUAAUGACACCGAGAAUGACACCGGUAAUAAGCACUGGGCAGGAAUACAAGGUCAUUUUUGUUGGCGACGCAGCCGUUGGAAAAAGUAGUUUAAUUCGAAAGAUUAGCAGAGGGACAUUUUCAUCCCGAAGAGCGGCGACAGCAAAUCCAGAUUGUCACACAAAGGUCGUAACAGUGAACAAUCAAAGUGUCACUCUGAAUCUCUGGGAUACAGUGGGACAAGAGCGGCGUACUUACACACUUAAAGUUGAAGGUUUUGAGCAACAAUUAACUUUCAGGUUCAACAGCCUGCCACCAUCUUAUUUUCGAAAAGCUGAUGUUGUUGUUCUUGUUUAUGACGUCAUAGAAGAAAUCUCCUUCCUCAAUGUAAAAAGUUGGAUAAAGACGAUAUAUGAGUAUACCGACGAAAAUGUUCUAUUAGUAUUGUGUGGAAAUAAAGUUGAUUUGGAUCACAAAAGGAAAGUCAAGGAACAGAGGGCCGUGAAUCUAGCAAAGCUCAACGAUGCAAUUUUUGUCGAAUCAAGUGCCAAGACCGGUUAUAAUGUACCAAAACUUUGUGAAACUAUCGCGAGUACCCUGCUCGAGAGAGAUGACACAGUUCUUAUUAGAGAGAAAAGCGUUAAGAUAUAUGAGCAAGAUUUAUUAAAUAUGUCAAAGUCAUCGAUGAAAACGUGUUGCUGAUCGAAAUGAUUCAAGAGGAUGAUCAUGCCAACCGACGGCCAAAAGUUGCGUCACGUGACAGGCAGGCACAAGACUAAGAAGGGAGAACCUUGUCUCAUGAGAGAAACGGGACCAAAAGGAAUUUUGCUGAGCAGUGCUGGUAAUGUGGCAAUGAUUGGAAAAAUUCAUUAUCAAAUUCAUUCCCUUCAGUUAAAAUGAUCUGAAAAUCGAUGUACUACCCUCUUUAUGCUGGAAGAUAUGCCACAAACGAUUGCCUUGGCACAUUCUAAUCCUAGGCUCGUAAUAACGAAGUUGUCGCUCAAGUGGCGUUAGAAUUUCUAUCGUCUCAGUAGUGACUAAUGAAUAUGGUGAUCGGAGAUACGUGCCUAGUAUCAAAUACCUCGUUCGCCUUGGGCAUUGCUUGCAUUUGCUUACUGAGUAUCAUUCUCGGUGGCAUUUAUGUUUCAAGAAGACGUUUGAUUGUAUGGUGGCAUGAUCGUCUGGUUUUAUGUGUACAGCUUCAAAUCCCUUGACAGAUACAAUAAGUGUGUAUCAGCAAUAUUCAAAAUGAAAAGCCCAAGUGGUUAUACUCACGCACGCAGGGGGCUGUUUAUUGUAGUGGAACGAUUAUUUUGUAGAAGUUUAAUUAGGAAAGUAGACAUGGCCUAGGCAGAAGUUUCACCCCGCGAGAAAAUAGAUGUAUUGUAAAUAAAUGAGGAAGUUGAUAAAGAAAUAAGGUAGGCGAGAACCAUAAAUUGUUUUUUACAAGAUUUUGUAUUUUAUAUACAUAGUUUGGUGUAAAUCUUCAUUAUCUGAACGAAAAUUUUGAAUAAUGUGUCAGUAUUGAACCAAGUAUUAGCCACAAAGACCUUCGUUAAUUUGCAAAAGGCAUCACCAUGCAAGUUUCGUCUUCUGUCAAGUUCUUUCAAGUUUUAGGUCUGUUGAUUUAACUCUCAUAUUCACAUCGCACGCUUUAUUUAUUCGUUUUUACUUAAAAAUUUCAUCCUUUCCGUUCGGGAAAGAGAAACAUCUAGUUGUAGUACAAAACACACAGUCACUUACAUCUACGCUUUGUUGCUUUCUAUCUUUCUAUAUAGUUUUUUAUCGCCAAAAUAGAUUUUAUAACGCAAAUUCAAUAUGUGAUUUAGUUUUAAUCAGGAUGGCCGCUGCAAAUAAAUCCGCAAAGAGACAGGUACGAACUGGCCCUGCCUUGAAAAGAACUAUUUCGGCUUUGUUUUCUGUACCCGUUAAGGGACACUUUCACCAGUGGACCCUUUUGGAUCCGUUUGGGCCCCCUUCGCAACACAUUCUAAUAUGUAUUGUUGGCCUUAAACAUGAAGAGAAAGCCCUUUCAUUGCUUACUUGUCCAGGCGUUUUUAAAAACACAGGCUCCUAAUUUUUUUUGGUAAUAGUGAUGUUUCUGGAAGGUAUGUAAUUUCGGAAUAAUGCCUUUUAAACACCGAAAAUUCAGUUUUUUUCUCAAGGCAACUUUGCCUCAGCAGCAAUUCCAGCUUCGUAUUAUUGCGUUUGCUACAUGCAUGUCACCGAAAUUUUUCCCGCCUUUUAAUACUUAUAAACCACUGUUAUUUAUUUUGUGCAAUCGGGUUUUUAUUUUGAAAUACAUAGUAUAGUUUUAUAAAUUUUGUAAAUUAUUCGAUGAAAAAUUCCCUUAAAAA